AUGGAUGAAGUUAAUACCAAUCCAAUAGAACUUCAUGAUUAUCCAAAACAAUCCAAAAUAGAAUACAGGGAUUCUUCUAACACAUACCAUUACACCAUUCUUUCUGAAGGUUACUAUCCUCCACCAUCCAUUCUUGCCAAAACUCAAAAAAAAAAAAAAAAUCAUUAUAGAAUACCUGAUAAUUACAAAGUUGAAGUCAGCUGGGGGAAAAAAAAUAAAAUACGAAAAAUUAUAUGUUCAAUUAAUUACAUAGAGCAACAUGCAAAUAACAAAGUACCAUGCUUUAAAAUAGAAUUUGAUAAAGGACUGCAAGUAGAAUCUUGGAAAAGUGCAACUCAAGCAGCAAAUUUAUUUUCUCAAACAUAUAAUCCUAAAAAAACUUCACUAUUAUCAGGAGUAUUAGUUUUUGGAUUACAACUCAAAUGUGUAGCAUGCAAUAGAGAUCUUUGUAAUCGAUCAAGAAUACUUCAACCUAUUGAAACUCUUAGUAAUUCUACAAAAAGGGCUCGGGUAAAGCAUAUUGGUGAAGGAGUAAAAAAUCAUGUUGAUUGUGAAGUAGCAAGCUUAUAUCAUCCCAAUGAUAAAGUGCAAUUAAAAUCACUUACUUUAUCAGUUGAUCAACAAGAUUGGUUUGUAGAUUUUGGAGUAAAAGAUAAGUUAUUAGAAAAAAAAAGAAAGCAAGCAUAUGUAUAUGCAAUGGAUUAUGGUCAUAUAUCCCGGAAUUCUUUUAGAGAAAUAACAAAAAUCUCUCCAGAGGUAGCUCGUGAAUAUGUAGUCAGUGAAGAAAAAUCUAAUAUAGAUAAAACAAUGCAAGGAGCUAUACCACUUCAUAUUAUGGAUAUUAACAUAGAAGAUUUUGUAACAACAACAAUGAAUAAUGAUGAGAUUCAUAUUAAUGAUGAGGAAGUAAUUCAAGGAGUAACAGAAUCAAUUGGAAAAGCUGGCUAUCGAAGAAUACAAGAUAUUUUAAAGUAUAUGAUACCAUUUUUUAUCAAAGAAAAUAUUUUAGACUCAGAAAACCCUUUUAUUAAAUUACGAAUAUCUGGAGAUGGUCGAAACGUAGGUCGAAAUGUAAAGCAUGUGAUGGUUACAUGUUCAAUUCUUAAUAAUAUUAAUAAUCUUUGGGUACCUGAUCAUCAUUAUACUGUGGUUUUAUAUCCUGGUGUUGAGAAUUAUUUACUUUUACAAAAAGCUUUAGCACCUUUGAUUCGGGAUUUACAAGAUAUAAAUGAAAAUGGUCUUAUUGAUGAAUUUGGUGUGCAAUGGAAUUUUGAAUUAUUUUUUUCUUCUGAUUGGAAAUUUCUUGCCUUGUGUCUUGGAUUAAAUGCUGCCAAUGCAACUUAUUUUUGUCCAUAUUGCAAAUGCACAAAAAAAGAAAUUGGUUUAUAUAAUAAAAGAUGGGAAAAAAAAAAUAUGAAUAUGCUUAUUAAUAAUCAUUCUUCUUGUCCUGGUCACAUUCGUAAGCCACUUUUUCCUAUGAUACCACUUGAAAAUUGGAUUGCUGAUGAACUCCAUGUAAUGCUUAGAAUUACUGAUCGAUUAUGGGUUUUGGUAUUAGCAGAGCUUCGUGUUAAUAAUGAUUUAAGUGAAACAAUAAGAAAAACAAUUUGUAAUGAAAUGAAACGAAUUGGUAUUACUUUUCAUUUUUGGCAAGAACAGAAUUCACGUGUCUGGAAUUAUACAUCACUAAUGGGUGAUAAUAAACUUAAAGUGCUUCAAGAAUUUAAUUUUAAUAACCUGUUUUGUCAGUCAAGAGCUAUUCUUAUUCGUCAACUUUGGGAUAAGUUUUAUGAACUUUAUACAUCAUUACUUGAUAUUACAACUACUGGGGAUGAGUUUGAAAAUGAGGCAAAAAAAUGGAUUGAGCUAUUUUUAACACCAACUUCAGGAACAACAAACACAUCAGGAUUUAUUAAAGGGCUUUAUAAACCAUCUGAUAUUACACCUUACAUGCACCUUCUUUAUAAUCAUAUUCCAGAUAUGAUUCGUUAUCAUAGUGAACUUGGUAUUCAAGCAUUCUCAUGUGCUCCAAUUGAAAAAAAAAAUCAUGAUCAUGUAAUAAUUUUUUUUCGAAGAAGUUUAAAAGAUGGGGGAGGAAAUAAAGCCCAACAAUCAUCAAUUUUAACAAUAUUACAACAAGAAAAUCGAAAAUUAUUCUAUAUUAAAAACAGAAUACCUUUUAUUUUCAAAAAACCCAAACAUCUUCAUAUUAAGUAA